AUGGCACUAGAUGGAGCCAAAGAAUCCCCAUUUUAUGAUGACAAAGUGGCGGAGGCGGUGAAGGCGGCCAUCGACGUCGGGUACCGCCACAUCGACUGUGCCCACGUCUACCAGAACGAGAACGAGGUGGGUCUUAAUUGCCUUCAGUCCAAAAUUAUCCACAUGCACAAAUCCCAUCACCAAUGCACAUUUUCUUCCCUGGUGGAGGACCCCAGGAUCAAAGAGAUCGCGGCCUGGCACAAGAAAACCACGGCCCAGGUGCUCAUCCGCUUCCCGAUGCAGAGGAACCUGAUCGUCAUCCCCAAGUCCGUGACGCCCGAACGCAUCGCUGAGAACUUCAAGGUGUUCGACUUCAAGCUGAGCCCCGAGGAGGUGAACACUUUGCUGAGCUUCAACCGCAACUGGAGGGUCUGCGCUCUGGUGAGCUGCACCUCGCACCGGAAUUACCCCUUCACCAUCGAGUUCUGAAGCCGCCGUGCCCGCCCCGUCCAUGGUGGCCAGCUGCCUCUCCUCCUGCCCCGUCCUGCCCC